CUAUACAGUACGCACCUGUUGGUUGGAUGCUUGUCAGUUAGUUCACGUUGCGUCACAUUUUAAGUUGUAUUUAUUCACUCAGCACAGUCACACGCGGCCGAUAAAUUUAAGAUAAAGCACGCGGGUUCGAUUUGGGCCGUUAUCAGUAGCUAAAUAUGUAUGUACAUCGCAGGGUUGGAAUCGUAGGUGGGGAAGUGGGGGAAGUUUAGAUAAGAUAUAUAUUUUUCUGAUGUUCGUUGUCAAUGUUCGACCAGCGGCGGCGAUUCGGCAAACUUGUAUGAUAUCGGUCAGUCGAAUUUGGCCCGGCCACCGGAACCGUACUAUUAACCGAGGAAUGAGCUCCUGAAAUUGCAUAAAUGUUGUUAAACUCAACUAUGUGACAGUGAAUUGUGCCUCACGAAAAUCGUGAUAAUUAUGAAAGUUUAUAUCAAUUAGAAAAGAUAUUGGAUACAAGAUAAGGAAAAAUCAUGGUGUUUGCAAAUUACAGUGUUUUCAGGGCUUUCGCCAUUUUUGCAGGAGUUUUCGGUAUCUUCCAAUCGUUGAUAUGGAUUGGAUUUGCCAUAACCGGAAUAGUGGCAUACUACUGUGACAUGGAUUUCUCCGUCCAAACGGAUACGCUGGGUUCGCUGCUCACGUUGACGUUCUUCCAUCAGUACUUUGAGGGAACCUGCACCAUGACCGACAUCCCGGUGAUUGACAUGACGGCGGUUCGGGAACUCAACCUUCUUUCGCCGGGUGACCUGCACGCCUGGAUCUGGGUCUACCUGAUUUUGCACAUCUUCUGGGCGAUAAGCUCUCUCAUCCUGCUUACAAAUGCCCGCAAGAAGUACAUCCGGUACGUGAACGUCUUCCUGUACAUCUGGAUCGUAUUCACCGUUACGAUCAGCAUCCUGGACCUGGCGUUGGGAAUUCAGUUUGCCGUCGACUACGACACCAUUAUUAACGCUCUCUUCCUGCGGAUCGCGCAACCAACGGUGACUCAGGCGGACCACGUUCUGUCCCUGGCUGCGACCGUUUCCGGAAUCAUGCUGGUGAUGGCCUUUCGCGGUUGGAUCUUCUGGCUCGUCAACGUUGGACUGGCGGUGUAUUUGUUCACGCAGACGUUUAAAAUCUACGACUACAACCAGCUCAGGAGAAAGAGUGCCGGAAUGGCCAAUGGAGGAUUCGUUGGAGACCAGGGAGCACGGCGGGCACCGAUUGAUGCGUAUGAUUCGAGUCCCCAACCACAUAACGCCGAGCCCGAAGACUAUCGCCGUCCUUACAACGGCCCUCCGGUAACCAACUACCGCCGUCCGCUGGAUCGCAUCAGUGAACAGCCGCGGGAGAUUAUCGAGCGCCCGAUUCAACACCAUCACCAGCCCGAUUGGAGAUCCAAUAGUCCGCAAUAUCAGCCCCAACAACAACAACAACAGCAACAGCGUCCUUACACUCCCCAGCAGCCCCAAUUGGUGCCACCCCCGCAGCAAAACUUCACGGCAACGCGAACCUUCGAACCGCUGGCCCGGGAACAGUCCUUCACCGAACCGGAAGUGGAAAUCCGACCGGAUCCGCCAAAGCCGAUUCCCCCACCUCCACCGCCCAAGAAUUUUAACGCGAUGAACACCGUCGUCCGGAGGGAUCACGCCGCGGCCAAGGUUGCCCAGGAGCUCAACUACCGGAACAGUAUCAACGCCGGCGGCCCCAGUGGAAACGGACUGCGAACGUUUGGACUGGCCGCGAGUUCAAACGGGGGAGACGCCGGUGAACUGCCGACGCCGAACUAUAGCCCGCCGAUGCCCCGGGUGAACCCGUUCGAGAAUCGACCACCGCUGAGGUCGGUACUAAGGAAUUCAAGAUAUCAGUAGGGGACCACGUUUGACAAUCUUUCCCCAUCGAAACUAAGCUCGUUUAUAUUUUAAAGUUAGAAAUACUGUACAAUAGGCCGCAAUAAAAAAUACGUGGAUCACA